UCAUCCAUUCGCGUAAACGCAGCUGCUGAGUGGUGGUCGGAAGUCUCUGGCGACGGGAGGAAAACAAGACAGCUUUUUUUUCUUCUUCUCUUCUUUGCUAAAGGCGUAUCACCGGUGGAUUCCACCAUGGAGCAGAAAACAUAAGUUGAGCUUUCGUAAGGACGCUGCCACUUGUACUUUACUGACGAUAUUCAUCGGAGGGAUGAAGAACUGAAGUCUAAAUAGAGUUUGUGCCAACAUGUCUAAACCAAUGGAUCACGUCAAACGCCCGAUGAAUGCUUUCAUGGUCUGGUCCAGAGCCCAGCGCAGAAAAAUGGCUCAGGAAAACCCGAAAAUGCACAACUCCGAGAUCAGCAAGAGAUUAGGAGCGGAGUGGAAACUUCUCAGCGAGUCUGAGAAGAGGCCAUUCAUCGACGAAGCCAAACGACUGCGAGCGAUGCACAUGAAGGAACACCCAGACUAUAAAUACAGACCGAGACGGAAGCCCAAGACUCUGAUGAAAAAAGAUAAGUUUUCUUUCCCUGUGCCCUACAACCUCGGGGAGCACGACGCGCUGAAAGUUAACGGGCUUUCCGUUGGACUUCAUGAGUCCCUCAUGGGACACCCGGACAAGGCAGCAGCGGCAGCGGCGGCCGCAGCGGCGAGGGUCUUCUUCAACCCCUCCAUGUCAAACCCCUAUUCCUUUUUUGACCUGGGAUCCAAGAUGACUGAGCUUUCUCCGCAUUCGUUUCCGUACGGGUCUCCGUUGGGCUACCCGCCGGGAAGCGCGGCUUUCGGGACUGGCAUUGGUGGGACGCACGCCCACACUCACUCACACCCGUCCCCGGGAAACCCAGGCUACAUGAUCCCUUGUAACUGUACGGGCUGGCCCACAGCAGGACUGCAGCCGCCCUUAGCAUACAUCUUACUCCCCGGGAUGGGAAAACCUCAACUUGAACCGUACCCUGCAUAUGCUGCAGCAUUAUGAUAAGGCCCGCGUUGGACUUCUGAGAAAAUGAAAUGUGAAAACAAAAACAAACUAAAAAAAAAGCUAUUCAUGCAAGAGUUUUAUUAUGCAUGCACAAACCUUGUUCAUGUGAUGAAGUGCUCGUCGUCUCAGAUAUCACAUGUGUAUGUAUAUUGAUUAAUGCCUUUAUCUAAGGUACUGCUUAUUUAGAGAACUCUCUAAUCUAUUAUUACCCAGCAGCCAUCACCUCUCACAGCCCACAGGGGAAGGACUAAAGGAUGGCAAACAUUUGAGGAAAGGGUAUCAGAGCAUUUUGUGAAAAACCCAUUUUGAAAGGUACACCAUUUGAUUUCUAUUUUUUGCAAGUUGCACCUGCUUUGCCUAACCUGUUGGAAUCAAAGGCAGCAUACACACUGACCAUAAUCACAGGAUUUUCUCUCAGAUACAUCGGGGCUAAUGGGUUGUAAUUAAUGGAUCAGGGAGGAUUUCUCACAACAUUUCUCCUGUUCUGUAUGACUGUAAAUGUGUACAGAUAAAAAUGACUCUAGUUUAUUUGCCGUUAUAGGCUUAGUGUUUGAGAUAGGGCCAGGAACCUACGCAUUUCACUAGAAGUGCUGUGUAUAUUUUGAGUUUUUAAACCGUUUUAUAGAUGUCUGUAAUAUUUAUUGUUUAGUGGAUGGUGACCCAGACAAUUUUAAAAAGGACACGACUAGUUCUGUAAUAUUUGCACAUGAAACGUUGAGGAUGUAAUUUAUUUUCAAUGGGAUAUUCAAUUUCAGUGGGUUUGAUUUAUUAAACCUUUUUUUCACUUCAAACUGUAAAAAAGUUACAAUUUAAAUGCAAGGGGAAGUUUGUUCAAGGAGUUCAUCAUUUCUUGAUCAUCACCCACCCACUCCUCGUAUCAUGUGCAGCAGAAAAAAUACUUUUUAACUAACUCUUAUGGAAUUUGUAUGUUUUGUGUUUUCUUUAACCUCCGUUAUGUACUUCAAUACUGUUCACUUGUUGAGCGAAGGACUACAAUAAAGCCUAUUCGGAUUAAACGGAA